AUUAAAGAGAAAAAGGCUUUAAAAAGAAAAAACUACAAAAAAUUGAAAUUUAAAAAGCUUUUAGAUUAUUUAAAGAGCGAAUUGGAAAAUUCUACUACACAUGGACUACCCUACAUCGUAAAAUCGGAUGUACAUUGGUUUGAAAGAUUAUUUUGGGCAGUGAGCUUUGUGUUUGCAAUGGCCAUUAGUUAUAUGAUUCUUGCUGCGCAAUUUUCAAGAUUUGUGAAAGCUCCGAUAGUAAUGAAUGUGGAAAAGGAUUAUUUCAAUUGGAACGUUUCUUAUCCAGCUAUAAUAUUAUGCCCUGUAAAUAAAAUACAAGAUGAAGCUUUAUCUUCAAUCGUAAAUGAAACUCUUGAUCAAACUGGCCUCAAUGUCGAAUCGUAUUUGAGAACUAUUGUGUCUAUGUCGUUAGACACCCUGCAACUCCUACAGAUUCCGAACCAGGAAAUCUUAUCGCUGAUAGAUCCUGGGGAAUAUCCAAGUAUUUCUUUAAAGUUAUUUAAGAAGUUCGACGAGUCCAUUUUAUCCACGGUGACAAAAUGGCCAAUACCUGUCGAGGACACGAUGACUGAAAUAGGGAUGUGUCAUUUCAUCAAUUCAAAUGUGGCCUCGCUUGAUAAUCCAAGUAAAUGGUACGAUACAACUUCGAAGUAUUCCAAAACCAACAUCGAACUAUCUUACCACGACAGAGAUUUUUUUGUCCAAGUAGUCAAUUACGCUGAUGAGUACAAGAUCUAUACCACGAGCCCCGACGAUGUGAUUAUGAGCGAAGCAUCUUCAUUGAAGUUUGAACUUGAAGGCUUUUUAUCUUUUGGUGUCCAAAUAACUAGUACAAGAGCAUCAAACGAACUGAGAAAUGUACCUUUGCACCUUCGAAAAUGCAGGUUCACAGACGAGCCACACAGUAACAGAUAUGCGGUAUAUUCUUACAAUCGUUGCAUAAUAGAAUGUAGAAUUAAAAUGAUUACAAGGUUGUGCGGCUGCGUCCCACAUUUCUAUAAAAAAAUAGAAAACGAAAGAAUAUGCAGCCUACCUGAACUGAGAUGCAUUGUUCUUUACAAAAGAGAGAUCACCACUCUAACAGCUUCAAACGAAACAUUGCAAAGGUUUAACGAUUAUACCGAUUUACCGAGAACGUCACGCGACUGUGGAUGUUUAGGUGAUUGCGAAGCCGACGUCUACCAGCAAGAUCCCGCGUCACUUUUGCCUCAAGAGUCAUUGAACAGAUUAAGGAUCAGUGUCACGUCCUUUCCGAAAGUGAGAUUUAUGAGGGAAAUUAUGUUCAGUACUUAUGACAUUAUACUACGGAGUGGCGGUAUCGUGAACUUGUGUAUCGGCACUUCAUUUAUAUCUAUAAUGGAACUGAUGCUGACGGCCAUAAGACUCCCAAUCUACGAAAUAGCGAACAUAGCGCAGGCCUGUAGAAAUGCUAAGACGGCGGAUGCACAGAAAGUGAACAAUAAAAAACUUAAGUAGAUAAAAAAAUAUUUAUUUUAUUAAAGCUUCACGUAUCACAGGUUUUUCAAUACAUAAUUUAUUUGCACACUUUUUCUUUUC